GCAGCCAAUGUGUCUGACAACAUCUGAGCUCUGUUUAGUGGAGUUAAUAAAACAAUGUCGUUUGAAAACCUGAUAACAAGUCUGCAGGAGUGUGUGAUCACCGAGGAGCGAGCAGCUGAACAUGUCAGCCACACACUCAGGCUCUUUAUUGACAAACUGUCUGAAUCCUCCAGGAGUGCCGUUAAAAGAUGUAAGGAGCGCUGUUUGGAGGAGGCUGUCCAGCUGCUGAGACAAACAUCAGAGGCACAGCUUCAGGGUCUGGAGGAGAGACACCUCCAGCUUCUUGUCAGGCUCCUCAUCUCUCUGCAGCUGCAGAUGGUCAACAUCUCCACUGCUUGUCGCAAAGUGGACCAGAUGUUGCAACAUCUGGCAAAGGUGGACCAGCAGUUGGUUUUUAGAGAAACCCAUCAGUGUUUGCACUCCAUAGUCCAAACUGAGCAGGUGUUGUCUUAUGAGGAUCUGCAGAGAGUCUGUAUGUUCCUGGAAGACAGCACUGCUGGUCGUGAGGUGUGGCGAGAGUCAUUCCUGUCUUUGCUGAAUAAAGUGUCUGAGUUAUUCCUGGUUGUGUUGCAACAAGAGUCAGUGAGAGAUGGACCGCUGUGUUACAUUGCUGUCAAGGUGUGUUUGCAAAUAUUCCAGCUGUUGUCCAGUGAAGUGGCUCCUCUGGUAUGGGACAAGGAGCACAGGGACCCAACGGUGCAGAGGAUCCUGCAGGCUCUUAUGGACAUAAUACUUGGACAGUGCUGCAACAGGGACACUCGUCUCUUGGCAGGCACUGCUGUGGCCAUGCUGAUCAACACAGCGUCAGAGAGCAGAGCAGGAGAGGCUGCUGCCUGGAGUCUGCUACAGGUCUCUCACUCAGAGCCCUGGCUGCUGAGUGUUGGUGCUCUCCAGGUACAGUGUUGCCCAACAGUGAGGGACGGAGUGGACAGGCUAGCUGUGAGCAGGGGCCUCCUGACCUGCUGUCGACCUCACAUCUUGGUCAGUUCACACAGGGAUGCUACAAAGGUGUGUUUACUGCUGAAAGGUUUGUUUCCUGUGGUCUAUGCUCUGUGUGGGGAGAAGCUGGAUUGUCUCUACUUUGCCUUUGAAGCUUUAACACUGUGGCUGAAGAAAGUUAAAGAAUGUCUGGCCGAUAUCUGGAAGAUGACCGGCGAUCGCCUUCUGCCUGAUGACAGCAGCCUGCAGCAAGAGCUCAUUCACAUUAUCUGGACCAAUGCUGAAAGCCCAGUGGAAGGUGUGUCAGAAUUUGUGCGCAGUGCCUUUUCUCUCCUGCUGGACCUCUAUGAGAUGGACUGUGAGCACUUUGGUGACACAAAGAAGACUCUGUACUUUACUCAACUUCAGCGUAUAAUCAAACUACCCUGGGAAACCAAAGCCAAGUAUCAUCGCCUUCGUGCCCUGCUGCCAUAUCUGGGUACUGACAUGGUGCUGGAUCAAUAUGCGGAAAUACCCAAUCACCUCCUGAAGUGCUUGUCAACCAAUCACCUGUCACCAUGCGGCUCAGAGCUUUACAAGUGUCUGAUCCAGCAGCAGAGGCGAGAGCUGUGUGAUCGCUCACAAAAGUCCUCUUCACACACUGAGCUGGAAGUGGCCAAUCACUGGGCAAAGCAUUGGCGGCAUGUCCUUCAUGAGGCACUCACGUCUGAUGUGACUCUCCUACAGAACAACAGCUCGAUGCUCUUACUGCCCUGCACCUUUCAAGUCUUCCCCUCUGCUGUGGACCCUCUGCUGGCCUCUCUGGACCCAUUCGCCCCCGGCCACCUCCACGCCUGGGCCUGCAUCGUAGGCUCCUACCGAGCCACGACCGGAGGCUCUCCCUGGGCUCUGCAGGGGAGCUCAACCUUCAAAACCCUCCAGCUUGCUCUGGGAUCUGCAGAUGACAAAGUCCGUCUCGCUGCUCUUAAUCUCCUGUGCUGCAGCCCAAAGACAAAAGAUGUUCCGACCACAGAGGAGAUGUCGAUAAUGAGGGUGUUUAUUCCUCAGAACCUGAACUGUGAGUCGUCACCUUUUCGACAGCAUUUCCAGGCUGGAGUCAGGAGGUUUCUGGUUCGAAUCAGAGACGGCUGCUUGGCACGUGUCAGAGGACAGAAGGGCAAAAAUAAAAGGGACGACACCCACUCAGAGAGGGAGCGGGAUAUACUGGAGCAGGGAAUAGGGUUUGUUGAAUGGUUGGGUGAACUUCCAUACAGCUAUCUGGCCCCAGGACACAGUUAUCAGAGGAAGAAGACUGCGUUGCUGUUGCUGUCUGCCGUGCUGGAGACCUGCACAGACACCUGGAGCCCAGACAAAAAGAAGGGACAGCCUCCAGUGAAUAUGGGAUCUCUUAUUAACUAUGCCAGACAAAGAGGACAGUGGGAUUUCACAUGCAGGACCAAACAGCUGGUCCUCAUCAGCUGUUUAGAAGAUUCUACGAAUGAGAUUCGGGAGCUCUCCGCUGGGUUAUUAUUGAGGUUUUUCCCACCCAGUUUUCCAGAUGACAUUGCUGCAGUGUUACUCACACGAACCAAACAGCUUCUGUGCAGUCCUCGGGUGCAGGAGGCUCAAAUGGGAGCGCUGAUGAUGAAGGUCCUCCUUCAGAAAUCACAAGACCAGCCUGAGGACUUCGGGCCGAACAAUAACAGUGGAAGCAACACCAAAGCCUCCCACAUGGUCAGAUUCCUGGUGAAGGAGCUGGAGGAGCAUUAUCUAACAGCCAAGGCUGACAUGAUGCUUGCUGCCAGGACCAAGCCCAUACAUGGUGUUCUAAGUGCCCUCCAGAGGUGUUUGCUUGAUGCUCCCAGCAGUGUCUACGACACACUUGACCACAGUCUGACCAUGAAGGUACUGGUCCUGCUGGAGAAUAUGUCUCUGCUGCUGCUGGGUGUCCUGUAUGGAGACCAGGAUGCUUGUGCCACUGAAAAGGAUGCGCCCCCUUCUUUUUGUGACAUGGGUAACGCCAUCAGCUCUCUGAUAGCCCAGGAGUCUGGAGGAGGCGAUGGGGAUGGAGAGGAGUGUGUCCUUCUAUCUGAGGAGCACAGCCUCGUCCUCACCUGCUGCUGGGUCUCGCUCAAGGAAAUAGGAAUCUUUUUAGGUUCUCUGGUGGAGAAAAUUCUCACUGGAUCCAAACCUAGCAUGUGCCUCCUAACAAAAGACGAUCUAUGGAGAGCGUCAAAAGUGUUCAAGAAUAUUCUUCUCAAAUGUCGGCACUGGGGGGCGGUAGAGGGAUGCUGUGCAGGCUUCACCAAGUUCUGUGCCUCUCUGUUGAGCAGCAGUGAUCCAGAGCUUAGAGAUAUCCCAGCCAACAUGUUGAAACAAGGUUUGCAGGUGGUGCGGUCACCUCGCUCCACCUCUGUGACCCGGCGGGCUGCAGGAUUGCCUAUGCUCAUCCUCUGCGUUGUGUCAGCAGAAGAGGCCAGUAAAGCAAGACCACUGUUAGCCCACAGCAUGCAAACCUUACUGGAGACAGCCAGAACCCCUCUACCCGACAACUGGGACCAAACACUGGACCUGCCACAGGUGUGUGCGGUUCACACUCUGCAGGCCCUGGUUCGCGGUUCUGGUCUGGGAGUAGCUGUCCUUCACUUUGCUCCUGCUGUAGCCAUGUUGUCACUCACUCUGCUCAGUUCUCCUUGCUGGGCCAUGAGGAAUGCUGCCCUGCAACUUUACAGUUCUCUGUGCUCACGAAUGCUCGGCCAGCGGCCCAGCAGUGAGGAGGGAGGCCCUGCCCAGCACGGCAUGUCCCCACUUGCUUUCUUCAUCCACUACCCUGCACUCCAGCCCUUCCUCCUGGGCGAGCUGAGAGGGGCAGCACAAGACCUCCAGGGUCCACCCAAUGAGGCCAAGCUACACCUCCAACCAUCGCUCUUCCCCAUCCUGACCCUGUUAGCCCAACUCCAGCCUGGUGUCCAGGACUCAACAGAAACUUUGUCGGACUUCCUGCCUCCUUUGCUCCAGCUGUCUGCCAGCCCUAUUUACAGUGUGAGAGUGAUGGCCUCGAAGGCUUUGGUUGCCAUGACUCCCCCCUCAGAGUACAUGAACAUCCUCAUCAAACUGACGGCUCAACUGCCCCGUCCACAGGAGCGCUGCUGUCACAACCGGCUCCACGGACAGCUGCUGCAGAUCAAAGCUACCCUAGAGAGAGCGCUCUGCACUGUCAGUGUCCCUUCAGCUGACCUGUGUGAUGUGCUGCGCAGGGUGGAGGCCUCACUGUGGCUGGUGACUGAAGCUCAGCACUGCCCACUAGUGAGAGGGGCCUACCUCGGAGUGGUGGACUCACUAAGAAGACUCUGCUGUGAGACCUACCUGUCAAAGCUCAGUGACACCCUCAUGCAAGACCUCCAGACACCUCAACAGGAGCUUCAGAUCGGGUUGUCAUCCUUCCAUCAACAAGCCAUCCACUUCCUAUGUUCAGAUCUGAAAUGGGCCUGUCAAAUCUGGAACAACUUCUCUGCAGCAAGCCCUGAUCUGAGGCUCUCAUUGGUUACAUGGGUGGCGGAUGUGCGGGGCUCGCAGCAGACCGGUUUGAAAGAGGUGAUCCGGAGGGUGUUGCAGUCAAACCUGAGGGAGGCAUUGUUGAGCCACAGUUUGGAGUACCGCAGGACCUACAUCGGAGCUCUGGUGGCAGCGAUGGCCGGAGGUGAUUCUAUUUUACCCCAACAUCCUCCUCAGUGGGCCCCACUGGAGGAGCCAGUUCUGCCAGAGUGUCUGGAUUUGUUGCUUAGGGACCUUGAGGACCAGCGAGGGGGGCCAGAGUUUCUAUCCCAGGCUCUUUAUGCUGCCAGCCUGCUGCUUUCCCACAGCUCAGACUCCAGUUUAAAGUUAUCCAUGUUUGAGCGCUGGUGUAGCGUGUUGGAAUGCCACCGAUCCCCAGACGCUCCUGAAGUGCUCAGGAUGGCGUGUGCUGAAGCUCUGUGUGUGGCCGCAGCUCCUCUAAUGAGCCAAAGCGCUCUGCAUGCCACCAUGAUCAGGUUGAUCAACACGGGUCUGUACUUGCUGCAGGACCAAAGCCAGCAGGUGAGGUUAAAAGCAGCCUGUUUCACCUCCAUGCUGCACCAUGUGAGAAAAGGAGAAAGUCAGAGGAGCAUCUACUUUAUGCAGGUGAACCAGGCUCUGCCGCUCCUACUGGACCUGCUCCUGGAGGAAUGCUGGGAUACCCCAGGCACACUGGAGGUGUUGCUGUGUCACCUGCCUAAGCUGGAACUCAGAUCUGUGCUGAGAGAGGCCUCAGACACAGGGUGUUCCAGUCUGUAUGAGCAGGAUGAGGCCAAUGUGUUUGCAGAGCCCUCUGUGAUGUGUGCACAUGUGCUGCCUUACCUGCUGCAGAUGACUGAGAGAUACUCUGAAUCCUCUGCUGUGGCACAGAGCCUGAGUGUGUGGGCAGAGGAGAGUGCUGCACAGGUGCUAGACGGCCUUGCAGUCUGCAGAGAGCUCCAGCCAGCUGAUACUUUGACCCCAGCCUGGCUGGCUCUACUCAUCGACCCCCGUUUCCACUGCACCCUGUGUGGCCUGCUCACCAGGGCUGCCUUUCUCCUCCAGCUGUUGAAAACAUCUGAUAAUCUACGACACCUUUGUGAUCCUUCGGCAUUGCAAAUAAGUUUACAAGAAGUCUGUGGUGUGCUCAGUCCGAGAGGUGUCCAGUUUCCGUCUGUCGUAACAGCUGCUGUGGCUGGGGAGCUGCCACUGUGAUGCAAGGAGGGGCUUUUUCUGCACACUCAGUGAGCACAGUCUUUUGGGAUGAAAUUACCUGUGGGUAUUUCAAGAAUGCUUAUGACAUCUACGUGUGCAACGUUAGUCUUGACUUAAGUACUGCUGAUGCUGCAGUACACCAGCUGGCCAGGUUAUGUAAGAGCUCAGUGGCUGCAGUUACUAGUAUCCUUCAUCAUAUUACCCCCACAGAGAAGAAACCCUGUGGGCAUUGGGUGCCAUGUUCCUCACAGUGCUUUUAAAUAAGGGAUCAUAACAUAACAUUUUCUGGUGCUUUGUUCAGUUUUAUAAGCUUUUUUAUGCCGAGGUGCAGCCACCAAAAUAGCCUCAGGUCUGAUUUUAUGAUCACCAUUGCUUCAAGGCAAUAAUCCUCAGUCCCAGAGCAGUGCUCCUGUCCUCUAUUGUUCCAAGCAGUUUGUCAUGUCUCAGCAGCAACAGUAGCAGCGGUGAUGUAAUGCAAUAGCGUCUGGAGAAAUUGGCCGCUUGGUGCCUUGCAGGGGAAUAAAGUGUAUGUUUUGAUGGUCCAUUAGAGACCUUCUGCCUGGAUAAGUGUCCAUUUUCCCAACCACACGAGGGCUGAAGAUGAUUGACUGGAUCUGAUAGAAAGCUGUCGGUUGCUAUACGAGGGACCACACACACCAGAGCAGUCUUACAUCACCAGAUAUCCCACUGCUGUUGUUUGAGAGGCGCGGCUCUCAGUAUGAAACAAACACUGACACACAUGACUUUGUGCAAACUAUGGUUGAGCUUUGGUUAAAGGUCCAGUAUGUAGGAUUUAGGGGCAUCUUUUGGCAGAAAUGGUACAUAAUAAUCAUAAUAACUAUGUUUGUUUAUGAUCACCUGAAAAUACGAAUCGUUGCAUUUUCGUUACCUUAGAAUGAGACGUUCAUGUCUACAUAUGGAGCGGGUCCUCUGCAACAGAGUCCACCAUGUUGUUUCUGUUCUUCCAGAAUGGACAAACCACACACUCGGCUCAGUUUGCAUUUUCGCAUCAGCCACCAUAGUUCUACCACACGCUUGGGACACAAGAGAAGGUCCAGUUUUGCAACCUCACUGCUAGAUGCCUCUUAAUCCUACACACUGGACCAGAGCCCUGUGCAGGACUGGUUUCCUCAUCCCACUCCUGCCCGCUUCCGCUGAAUUUCUGACCAUUACCACCUGCUCCCGUGUGUCAGCUCCUGCCUGCACAUGCAAACAUUCUGACCAAACAUACCUUCACAGUAUCAAUAGAUGGAGUCUUCUGCCAUCCAGCAAAGUCUUAGGGGUGCUGUGAAACUGCGCUUACUUAAAGCAUCAAAAAAGUUUGUCUUUGGUGCGUUACAAUAGACAAACAAGAAAGGAUGGCAGAGGAGAUACCCGCACACCAAUGCAACUGGGCUGGACAGCCUCAAAAAGGUCCACAAGCUUUUUAUUCACUUGUUAUUAUUUUUGCACUUUCGAGCACCUUUAUUUUUGUGCACAGAUGUCUUAAGUAAAUUGACUAUUGGGGCAUCAGUGGCUUAGUGGAUAGGGCAGGCACCCCAUGUACAAUGGCACUGUCAUUGCUGCAGCGGCCCAGGUUCGACUCCAGCCUGCAGCCGUUUGCUGCGUGUCAUUGCCUCUCUCUCUCUCUCUCUCUCUCUCUCUCUCUCUCUCUCUCUCUCUCUCUCUCUCUCUCUCUCUCUCUCCCCCCCCCCUUUCACACUACACUGUCCUAUCCAUUAAAGGCAGAAACAAUAACAUAAAAUAAUAAAAUGAAAUAAACUGACCAUUUUUUGCAUCGAUCUCAGCCU